AUGAAGCGAGAAGGAGAAAAAGAAAAAGAAAAAGAUGAGAACGACGACGACGAUAAAGACGACGAGGAAGACGAGCUCUUCGCCAACGAGCUGACUCUCCAGAUGAUGGUGAAGUUCUCUCAACAACAAAAACAAAAACAAAAGAAGGAGAAGAAGAAGAAGGUGUUGGUAUUGAACUCAUUUUUAGGGAAGUUUAUUCCUUCAGAAAUCAUCGAGCACGUAUUCAAACACCUCAGCGCGGAAGACGUGGCGAAUUCUGGCCAAACGUGUAAGAUAUUCAGGCAAGUUGCGAGGAGAGAUUCAAUCUGGAAGCGAUUGUAUUUCGACCGGUGGCGAAGUGAAAAAUCAACCUCAUCAACAACAACUGGCAGCGAUGAUGAUGAAGACGAAGAAGAGAAUAAACGAAAAGAAGAAGAACAACAAGAACAAGAGCAACACGAAUCAAAUCGAAAACGAAAACGAGGAAGCAAAACAUUUCGGAAUAGAUACUUUGAGAGAGACGAGAAGGAUUUACACAACGCGUUACUUAACGUGCCGGAAUCUCAAAAGCAGAUAUACGCGGACGUGCAAGCCUCAAAGCGAAGCGAGGUGCCAGAUCCAGCAAACGACGUUUUAAUCGCGGCGUCGGUAUCUACCGCGAAGAACGUGGAAGGCGCAAUUCGGUUUUGGAAGGAAAGAAAAGGUUUCUCAGUACCAUCAAAAGUGGAAGAAGAAGAACGCAUGAAGCACAAGUGCGGGAAAAGCUGGGGGUGUUCCUAUCAUCGAAUAGGUGGAAUAUUCUUGUGCGAGAAGACUGGCAGAGAGCAUCGAUGCGGCCCUCGAUGCGACGCUCGCAUCCUAAUCGAUGACACGUACGUGUGUGGAAUUAGUGGAAUAACGUCCAUGGACGAUAAUGGAACUACCAUAGUUGAAGAGGACAGGUGCACGCGGGAGUUAGCCGGCGCAACCGCGGACGAUGAGUUUGGGUUAGAGAACGAACCAAACUUUGGUGAACGCGGGUACAUUCUCAACGCGUUCGAGCAAGGCUAUUCGUGCGAAAACGAAAAGGAGUUGCACGAUUUGUGGUGGGUCGGCUACCGCAACGGACGCAAAUCGCAAAAGAGGCUGAAGAAAGAAGACGAGGAGGAGGAGCGAUAUUUCGUGUGA